AUGAUAAACGACUGCGGCAAAAAGUCCUUGCGCGUUUGUGCGAAGAUCAACGAGAGGGAGAGCUACAAUUGGGAGAAGCACCUGAUGAUGCAGGACUACCUUCUUAGCCCACAAGCUUUCACACAUGUUCUCAUGUUGGAUGCGGAUGCUGCGCUGAUCCAACCUCAGCUGGACACGCUGCGGCGCAUAGCCGCCAUCCUGGACCGGAAGGGCAAAGAUCUUUUCCUGACCAACGAGGACUGGUUGGACAAGAAUGGCGAGGCUCGCAUCAACGGCGGCUUGAUGCUGGCGAAGAACACGCCGUUCACGCAGAACUUGUUCCAGGACACCUUCGACGCCCACGUGGCGGGAUACAAGCUGCUGAAGAAGGCCCGCAUUGGCACUCCGGUCAUCCGAUGCACUAGCAACGAGCAGAUUUGCCUCAAUGACUUGUACUAUGGGGACACAGAGCACUUCACAUCGAAGGUCAUCAUGGCGAGUGGGAAGAAGUACAACCGCGGAGCUGAGCGAGGCGGCGAGGCCCACAUCACCGACGAGACCACGGAGAUCAUGCACUGGAUGGGCGGCGCAAAGGCUACUGCGGGACAGGCUCUUUGCCAAGGCAAGCGGGACCUGACCUUUGGUGGGCCGGAUGCAACUUCCUACCGCCUGAUCGAGGCUGUGAUCAACACCACCAAAGAGUCGGGAGCCAUCCGCCACGGCGCUGAAUGCUUCAACUUCUACUUUCCGCAGGAGUUGGACACAAACUUUCUUGUCGUGUGGGAAGGCUUUGAUGACAAGCCCUGGGCUUAUAUGGAUGAGGACGAGCUUCGGGACUUCCUUCAAGAGCGGGUCGAGGAGGAUAGCUAUGCCAUGCCUCUCAAUCCCAUUUGGUGCAUCCGCGACUGCGGCUGGUAUGAUUUGAUGGAAAGUCAGAUGGAGAACCCGCUUUGCAAAGCAGCGCUUGAAGCUUGGUACCCCCAGCAGUCCGGCAUCUUCGAGAAGAUCAAGGCAGCCAGGAUCAAGGGAGCUGUCCAAGCUUGCCUAUCAGAGCUCAGGCAGAUGGGUGUUGUUAAAGAGACAUUCCCAUAA